AUGGCGGCUCGGAAGCUCCAGCAAGAGAUUGAUAAGGAGUGCAAGAAGGUCGACGAGGGAAUUGUGCAGUUCGAUGCCACGCACGAGAAGCUCAUCAACAGCACAAAUGCAUCCCAGAAAGAGAAGCAGGAGGAUGCUCUUAAGAAGGAGAUCAAGAAGCUGCAGCGAUCACGAGACAAGAUCAAGACAUGGGCGGCCAUGGCGGAAAUCAAGGAUAAGAAGCCGCUGUUCGACAAGAGGAAGCAGAUAGAGAGCCGAAUGGAGACGUUCAAGGCAGUGGAGAAGGACAUGAAGACCAAGACAUACUCCAAGGAGGGCUUACUGGCAUCCGCGAAGAUGGACCCUGCGGAGAUGGAGAAGCAGGAGGUUGUCGAUUUUCUGAACGACAUGGUGGACAGACUGAAUCUGGACAUCGAGGCGGUCGAGGCAGAGGCCGAAACCCUGCAAGCUGGGAUAAAAAAGAAGAAGAACGAUACUGGGAAGGCGGACAGACUGGCGGAGCUCGAUCGGCAACUGGAACGACACAAGUGGCACGUUGGCAAGCUGGAGAUCUUAAGGCGGGCUCUGGAGAACGGCAACAUCGAGACAGAGCAAGUGAAAGGGCCAGUCGAAGAGGACAUCAAAGACUACGUAGAACGGCACGGGGAUAUGGACUUCGAAGAGAACGAGUACAUAUAUGAUGACCUCAACCUUGAGGCGGAAGAGGGCACCUACGGGAUGGGCAACGAGCUUGAGCCGGGCUCGAGCCAGGAUGCUCAAAGCAUACAAGACGAGCCGCCUGAGGCGGAAGUCACACGAACCACGAGCAUGCCGAACAAAGCGAAGUCACAGUCGAUGUCGGAGAAGGAUGCGCCCAGACGGCCUAGCGUGCAGUUGAAGUCGCCUCUGCCUGCGUUGUCGACGUUACACUCAAGUUUACCCAAUAACAAUUCGGGUGGGAAGCCAGUGGAGGGAAUGAAACCUGCGCCACUGCCAACAAUACCGACGGGACAGCCUCUGAAGUAUGCGUCGGCGGCUGCAGCGGCUGCGGCGAGUGACAAGAACGGUGUUGGCAUUGCGCCUCUACCACCGCCGCCGGGUGCAGCGAGGACAAGUGAGGUGAAUUCGCCAGUAGCAACAGCAGCUCAACCUGCUGCUGCGUCUCCGCCACAGCCGAAGCAGGCAGCGCCGGUGCAAGCAUCAAAAGAAGAGUCCAGAGCGGCGGAUCCGAGCCAGUCAACAGCUCCACAAGCACCAAAAGCAGCACCGAAGUCAACGCCGCCUCCAGCACAAGCGCAACCGCCUAUACAGCCGGAAGCCAGUUCAUCGAAAGCGCGACAACAGCCACCAUCACCAGACUCGGGCAUCGCAGGUAUCGCACUGUCAAAUGGCGACACAGCACAAGAAGAGGAGGAAGAGGAAGAAGAGUCCAUCUACCAUCUGCCCUCUUCUCUCACCGACCUCCUGGAUUCCUUCGAAGAGACCAAGAGACGCGCCGCAUCAGACCAACCUUUCGACACUGCCAUGCUCAACGCCUCCCGUCUCACCGCGCCCACGCCCCUCGACGCCGAACGACCCAAUCAUUACCAGCCUACUCACCGGUACAACUACACCCCAGCACACUACCCGCAGGAACCGCUCGGCAUCUUCGACGAUCCACGGCUGUACCAACGCAUCGAUACGGACAGCCUCUUCUAUGCGUUCUACUACCGACAAGGGGAGUACCAGCAGUAUCUUGCAGCGAAAGCGCUGAAGGGCCAGAGCUGGCGGUUCCACAAGCAGUACCAGACGUGGUUUCAGCGGCACGAGGAGCCGAAGAACAUCACCGAGGAGUUUGAGCAGGGGACGUAUCGGUUCUUCGACUACGAGAGCACGUGGAUGAACAGGAGGAAAGGCGACUUCAAAUUCGCGUAUAAGUUCCUCGAAGACGACCUAUAG